AUGGUGUCAGACGAGACGUACGAAAUAUGCCUGCCUAUACUGGAAGAUGAAACGCUGGACGAUGAGGACAAGACGGACAGGCUCGAGGAGCUCUUGCGCAAGGAAACUUCUUUAACUGGCAACAGUCUCGAAAACGCCGUUCUGGAUGCUCUUUGGCGAUAUCGUGAUGGAGGGAAUAUAGCAGCAUCACCACCUCCAAUCAGACAGACAAUCCUUCGCAGGCCAUCACCAGCCUCAUGGCGUGCAAAUUCGGGAACCCCUCUCUCGGGUUCUCCCCGACUCGGCGUUAGCCCGCUGGCGCCGCCAGGCUUCGUCCCGACCCCUUUUGGGCGCAAUGUCGUGUCUUCUACUGCAUCGCCUUUCGGUUCACCCCGCCCUUCGCCGCGACUGGCUUUCGCUGCCCCUAUCAUCCCGAACAGCCCAAGCCUGAACGCGUAUGAGUUCGCUACCGAUGCACCAUCGCAAGAGACGUUUGGAGACAUGCAAAACGACAAUGUCGACUGGCUUACAAACGACGACGCGGUGAGCGUCACCUCGUCGAUUGGUACCGGGAGCGCCCUCAACGCCGCUGCGCCGGAGUAUGCUCCCUCGCAACAGGUGGAUAUGACACCCUACGACAUGCUUCGCUCGAUUCUCGGUCCUUCGAGAUCGGACGAAGAGAUAGAUGCUGCACUGGCCAUGCACGGCUAUGAUCUCGGUGCCAUAAUUUCUGCUUUCAUGGAUACCGUGGACCCCAGCGCGAUGCAGGCCUCUCAGACCGAGGAAACUAAAACCAAUGGACUCCUCAUCGGCAAGUCGAUGACCCCGGAUGCGCGGCCCUCCACCCCGGCGGACCAGAGGUCAGGAAUCAUUUGCAAAUUCUUCUUGGCACAAGGGCAGUGUUUGAGAGCCGAUUGCAGGUUUUCGCAUGACCUGAGCAACCAUGUCUGCAAAUACUGGGUCGCUGGGAACUGUUUAGCGGGAAAUACGUGUAUCUUCUCACAUGACCCUGUCCAUCUGUUGAACAAGCUUUCAGUAGACGGAACCAGCACUCCCCCGCCCUCUCACAAGGGUGGAAUCAGUAUCCAAGUCCAGGACAUGAACUCUUUUCCUUCGCUGCGGCCGGCAACCCCCGAGCACUUGAGCGGUCUGGCCUCAGGUGGCUACUUCCCAUCCAUGGGAGUAACUCCACCUCCCGGUUUCAAAAUUCCAGGCCUUGCCGGGGAGAAUAUUCGGUCUCGCUCUCGUCCGAGCAGUCGUCAGCAGCAACGCAAGGAGCCAGUGCAGACUGCACCAUCUCUGGACGAUGCCGAGGCUUUCCCAUCUCUGGGGGCCGCGUCUGCCAAGUCAACCAGCAAAAAGCAGCAUGGCAAGCGCAGCAGUCAAGGCCAUCACAAGGAAGGGUUGAUUUCCAGUUCGCUGGCAGAUAUUGUCAAGAUGUCGCCAUCGCCCACGCCUGAAGCGAAGCUAGUCUCUAGGAAGAUGGGUCGCACUGUCAGCUCAACGAGCAUACGGAACGGCGAGAACAGCGCUGCGGCGCAGUCAAUCCCCAGUCCGAAGCAUAUUCCGUGGUUAGAAACUGGUGAAAAAGCGAACAAGGCAUACCUCAAGGCUCGCCAAGAUGCUAUCAAGCAUGGUGGCCUGAGGAACAAGUUUUUGCAGAGUGCCGCUCAAGCUUGGAACCGAAACGACGCUCGCGCGGCCAAGGCUCUUAGUCUCCGUGGUCAGAGCGAGAACGAUCUUAUGAGGAGGGCCCAUCGUGAGGCGGCACGCGAGCUAUACGAGGAGCGUAACAAGAACAACAACAGCGCCGGGUCUGAGUUUUACGUCGACUUGCAUGGGCUUCAUCCCGAGGAGGCGGUCGAAUAUCUCGAGAAGGUGCUGCUGGAGAACGAGAAAGAAAGCAGGCCGAUAUAUGCCAUCACGGGCACGGGCCACCAUAGCAAGAACGGUAAGGACAAGGUCGGUAAGGCGAUCCGCGGAUUCCUGAAUGAGUGGCGGUACGCGUUCCGUGAAUUCUCGGUUCCUGGAGACCAACGGAACAUGGGUGGGAUCUUGGGUAUCGACGCGAGAAGCUACGACAAGAGUCUGGCUAGGAAGUCGUCACAGCAUGAGCCGGUCGACAUACUUGCACAAGGGAAAGAGAUUGGCGAAGGCAAGGUCAAGCUUUUGGUCAGGGAUACGACCAAGGAGCCACCCAAGGGGCCUGCUGGAUACCGUGGACGAUGA